UAGUUCGAUAUGGGUGUAACGGCGGAAGGAUACGUGACUGAAAGGUAUAAAUACCACAGCCCUUUGUUUGCGAGAACAGAGUCGUUUACUGAAGACAGAGAGAAACUAGAAUAUUCAAGAACACCGGUGGCUCAUUUUCUUCCUUGUCAAGAUGCAGAUCUUUGUGAAGACACUUACCGGCAAGACCAUCACCCUAGAGGUCGAGCCCAGUGACACCAUCGAGAACGUCAAGGCCAAGAUCCAGGACAAGGAGGGCAUCCCCCCUGACCAGCAGCGCUUGAUCUUCGCUGGCAAGCAGCUGGAAGAUGGUCGCACUCUCUCCGACUACAACAUCCAGAAGGAGUCCACCCUCCAUCUUGUGCUCCGUCUGAGGGGAGGUAUGCAGAUCUUCGUGAAGACCCUUACCGGCAAGACCAUCACCCUGGAGGUUGAGCCCAGUGACACCAUUGAGAACGUCAAGGCCAAGAUCCAGGACAAGGAGGGCAUCCCCCCAGACCAGCAGCGCUUGAUCUUCGCCGGCAAGCAGCUGGAAGAUGGUCGCACUCUCUCCGACUACAACAUCCAGAAGGAGUCCACCCUCCAUCUUGUGCUCCGUCUGAGGGGAGGUAUGCAGAUCUUUGUGAAGACCCUUACCGGCAAGACCAUCACCCUGGAGGUCGAGCCCAGUGACACCAUCGAGAACGUCAAGGCCAAGAUCCAGGACAAGGAGGGAAUCCCCCCAGACCAGCAGCGCUUGAUCUUCGCUGGUAAGCAGCUGGAAGAUGGUCGCACACUCUCCGACUACAACAUCCAGAAGGAGUCCACCCUCCAUCUUGUGCUCCGUCUGAGGGGAGGUAUGCAGAUCUUUGUGAAGACCCUUACCGGCAAGACCAUCACCCUGGAGGUCGAGCCCAGUGACACCAUCGAGAACGUCAAGGCCAAGAUCCAGGACAAGGAGGGCAUCCCCCCAGACCAGCAGCGCUUGAUCUUCGCUGGUAAGCAGCUGGAAGAUGGUCGCACACUCUCUGACUACAACAUCCAGAAGGAGUCCACUCUUCACCUGGUCCUGCGUCUCCGUGGUGGCAACUAAGCAGCUUCUCCUCUGCUCUUAACGAUGUCUCAUCUUAACCCCCAUCUUAAUCUCCAAUCCCACCCAUUGACCGCUUCUUCCCUCUAACCCCACCCUCUGACUUUCCCCUCUCCCCUAACCUCUCAUCCCAGCUCUUCAUUCCUUUAAAUUUCAAUAAAGUUCAAGCAUUCCUGA